AUGCCAGCAUCAAGGUGGCUUUACAACACUGUUAUAAAACCUUUUAUUGCUCAUGUUUUCCGAUGUGAGAGCUUCGCUGCUGUAGUCUUCAUUCACUGUAUUUGUUCAGUUCACAGUAAAAACCAUAGCAUCAGAAAUUCAGAACAAGUUUUAUUGGAAAACGUGCAGAGUUACAGACAUUAG